AUGAAGGCGCCACCUGCGUGGCAGAUUCGUAUAUUGGAUACACAGAUCAUGUCUGCACCACGCCAGCGGUCCCCUUCAAGAAGGCCAUCAUGGAUUAUUAUAUUGGUUUCUUUGGUGUGUCUAUCAUUGAUUGGCGCCUACAUUUUCCCCCCUGAGAACUAUCCUGCCUGCUACUUUUUUGCAUCAAGCGUAUGCAAUCCCUUUAUGGAUUGGCUUCCUCCUGCUCCGGUCAGAGAGUUCACAGAUGAAGAGAUUGCUGCUACUGCUGUCUUUGCGAACCUUCUUUUGCUCCCUCCCAUUCAAGUGACCAGUCCCAAAAUUGCUUUUCUUUUUUUAACCCCGGGUACAUUGCCUUUUGAGAGACUAUGGGAGAAGUUUUUCCAGGUAAGAACAUGUACCUUCUCCCAUUGGCAUUGAUUUAUUUACAUAGUGCAGUUGGUUUUUACUAUAUGCCAGUUUUCAGUUAGAGGUAUUCCUGAGUAAAUUUUAUUUCGAGGAUUUUUUCGUAUUAUUGGUUGGAUUACCGAGUUGAUUGUCAAAACGUUCAUGGUGGAUAUACUGAGUCAUGGGUGGGAUUUGUCGUAUCAUGGUAUACACAAAUAUGAAAUUUUAAACUUAUUUAAAUUUAUGAAAUCCAGAUAAAUUAGGAAAAGUAAAAUAUGGAGGAUGAAAAUUUCUUUUAAGGUAAAACAUUGUUGUUAUUAUCAUCUUGAUCUUCAUCUUCUUCUUGUUGUCAUCCUUUUUUCGGCUGCUUUAUCCUCCUCUCGCUGUUUUUCUUCUCAACUUUUUAUUUUGGGUUUCUCCUACAUCUAGAUUGGCAAAUACCUGUUUUGAUCAAAAUCCAUCAACGGCCGUUACCAUACUAUAUGAUUUUAUGUUAGUAUUUGAGGAUUUUACUCAGUUGGCAAGCUCAAUCUAUCAAUUAAUUUACUGUCUUAAAGGUAGCCCUUCAUUGGUGUGUGGAAAAGUGAAAAAUGAACUUUGAUGGGACUCUGUGUCAGUAUUUUAUCUAUAUCAUAAAAGUAAUCUGUUGAUAGCAACGUUUAUGUUACUUAAACAGGGUCACGAAGGGAGAUUCUCCAUCUAUGUGCAUGCAUCAAGGGAAAAGCCGGUGCAUGUCAGUCCUUUGUUCAUGAAUAGGGACAUUCGCAGUGAUAAGGUAACCUGAAUGUUUCUCAUGUAAUUCUUCUUUACUUGUCAAAUAUUUUGGCGAUGUGAACUUCCUUUUGCAAAUUUGUCUUUUAUUGACCAGAAAAAGGUGGCCAUUUGAUAUUUGAUGUUGACAUGGAGAUCAGUACCAAUAUGAUCUUUGUCUACUAUCCAAAAAAAUCCCAAUAUGAUAUUUGACAUUACUUCAUUUUACGAACGUAAAGGAAUACUCUCAAGAUAUAAAAUGACGAAAAGUGUUUGAAUAUCGCUUUCAAUACAUCCUCUUUUGGUAUAACUUUGGUGGUGGGCAAGGGAGUUCAUCAAAGAGUUACUUCUGAAGUCUGAACAGGCACGAGAUGCGCCCCCUGUUAAAUGAGUUACUUUAUGCAUAUUAUGUUUCUGCAAAUUAACUUUUUCUUGUGCUCUGCACAGAUUGGCAAUCUUCUGUCAUGAUAGAUUAACAUAGAGCUGAAAUGCAGGUAGGCUGGGGACAAAUCUCAAUGGUUGAUGCGGAGAAAAGACUUCUGGCGAAUGCAAUCCAAGAUGCUGAUAACCAGCACUUUGUCUUGCUUUCUGACAGGUCCUCUAAAUGGCACGAUCAAGUUCACGUAGUUGGGUACAUGUGCACAUAUAUUUUGAUUAAUAUUUUUCAAUUUUUUCUCUGUUUACAGCUGUGUCCCACUGCAGAAUUUUGAUUUUGUGUAUAGAUAUCUGAUGGAAACGAACAUUAGCUUUAUUGACUGGUGAGCCAAUUGCAUUUUUCAUUAAGCUUGCUUGUUUUUUUGGAUAUUUUUUAGAAUAAUCAUUCUCUCUACAAUCUUCUAGUUUCUAGCAGAUGUUUUAGCUAUUCAAAUUUAAUUAGUCUGUAGAUAAGUCCGUGGAUAAACUCCUUUGGGCAUAUAAUUUGUGUUCCUUUUUUCUUCCAUUGGUGCCACUUUUUUUCCAGUUUUGAUGACCCUGGUCCUCAUGGAACGGGAAGGUAUUCUGAGAAUAUGCUACCUGAGAUUGAGAAGAAGGAUUGGAGAAAGGGUUCACAGGUAUAUUGGUUUCUAUGUCACGCAUAAUUCAUACGUAUGUCUAAAAGUAGCUGAGACACUUGAACAUCAUUCCUGACUUGCCACUCAUGCGCAUAUGGAGGUAUACUGAUGGUGAAAAACACACUAACUGUGCAUUUUUUGGAAGUGGAUGGCACCAGCCAACUCCAUCUGUUUAGCCACUUAAUUAUCUUACCUAGUAUCGUCUUCAGUGCUUUGUGCUUGUGUUAGAAAAUUUUACACAUGCAUACACAUGUUACGUCUGUACACAAUCAAGGAUGUCUUGUAAACACAUUGUUUUUGUUGUUUUAUUGAUCUACUCAAUUCAUUCUUCAGAUGCGGAAAGCGGUUGAGGUUUAUUGGGAUUUUUUUUAAUUGAUUUGUGCUGCUGUACUACAUUGCGUAGAUUUCAAUAUGGUAUUGAUAGGACCCCAAGGUUAUUGGCUCGAGAUUGAGGAGAAUAGAGAGAGAACACACAAGAAUCGAAGGAAGAAAAGACUGAAAUAGAAAAGGGGAAAAUAAGUAGGGUAGGGUUCUGAAUGAACCCUAGAACCAGUUCGGGGGGCAAUUCGAGAGCGCCCCCAGCUCUCCCAAUACCACCUCCAAAAGUGCCCACGGUGAAGGCCACUGAGGGGCCUUGUACCAUACUCCUUACUGGUCCCCUGGGCUCACCUAUGACUUUACCUUCCCUCUCCGGGGAUAAGUAACCGUUUCGGUCCUAAUAGGUGUCUGAAACAGAAGGCUGUUCCUCGCAUAAAAAAAUUCCAUGAGUGUGGCCAAUCAAAACUGGAUACAGUUUCCAACGUCUUUUCUUCUCACGUCGGGUAGGGCAACUCUGCAAAUCUAUGGAAGAAUAUGCAAGAAAAAGUGACAAGGAAUAUGUUACCGUGAUAUCUUUUAGAUUCAAAUAUUGCCGAAGAUAACAAAGAAAAGCCCCUCUGUUACAAUUUUUCUGGCAGGAAGUUUGCUUGUCACUGAAUAUAUCGAGGCAUCUGACGAUUUAUCUCCAUGUUCCUUAAUGUGUUGUUCCAUGAAACUAAAUUUUUUAUUGUAAUUUCCAUUGCAUUUCAUAACGUCAUACAUGGUUGUUAUGAGACCAGCCCUUUUCUUUUCGUCAUGUUACAUUUUACAUUACAUAUUUGUUCUGUUGUAUCACUUCAUUUUUUGUGCUGCUCUUAUUUUAUUCGUUAACCUGGAGACAAAUGACGUCUCCAGAUUCUUGUGACUAUUACCAAAGAUUUACAUGGUUCAUAAGAUAAGAUAUUUGGUAUGACUUGCAAAAUGUCAUAAACUGUCAGUUCGAAUGAAUACUUCAUAUCUUCCAUGGCCUGCUUAAUUCUUUUCUUAUCGCUAUCUUAGUGAGUAAACUGGUAGAAUUUGGCUUUGUUGUUUUGAAAACGGCACUGGUAAGAAAUAUAUCAUUGUAAUGCAGGGAAGGCCUGUGUCAAUUUUCUCAAGGUUGAAUAAUUUAGACGGUUGAGUGGUUACUUUCUUCAUAGUUACUAAUAUUGGGGAUUUUUAUGCAAGUAUUCUCAAGGUUACUUUAGAGCCUUGUGUACUAGUUUCUUUCUUCCACGCUAUCAGGGAUAAUAUUGGAAAAGACUAUUGCAUUGGAAUUUUGGAAAAGGCUAUUCACUGAGCUGAGAUUGAGAGUUGUUGACGACAGUUCUUUGGCAUCUGAUAUGGAUAUGGCGAUUCGUCGGAUGGCAUACCAUGUACCAGAAAUAUGAUUGCAACACCCGAGUUAGAAGCCCUAUCGUUAAGAUGAAGCUGUUUCCGGUCAUGGAAAGUGGGAUUGGGGCAGAGUAAUAUGAAUUACCUUAUUGGAAAUCUCUAGGCGAUUGUGAUAGAAAAAAAUAUAUAUUUUUAUGAGAGAGCAUUUUAGCGAUUAGAAAUAUUUAUUAGGUUUAUGGUGAGAUCAAAGACUGGCCCGAGACCUCUUUUUAUGAUGAAGUAGCUAUAGUUAUUAUUUUGGGUAGACUAAUCGACGGUUAUAUCAGACUUUUUGGACUUUGCACACUUACGGAGCACAAACUUUAUAUACUUUUUUAUUUCGCGCGUCAUAUGUGGUACUGGUAGAAAAAACACUGAUUCCAUCUCUAAACUGCCAGCUAGUAUUCCUCCACGACAAGAACUGGCUUGAUUUCAGGCUUAUCAUACUAGCAAGCCAUUUUAUUUUAUUUUUCUCGGAACUUUGGGGGCAUAUGAUCGAGAAAAGCUUAUGAUUGAUUUAUUUAUUGAAAUCACACGUGAAUCUUAGAGAUCAUUUUCCUUUGUAACAGCAUCCCCAUUCACAUUGUAUUACAUCAGUCCUGGGAUUGUUCAUGCUCGGAGCUUUCUUCAUGCUGCGUGUGUUAUUUCUUGAUGUUCUAAGCAUAUAGAAAGAUGAUAACGGAGUUGAGAUGCAAUUAUGUUAAUAGACUCUUCUAUACUCUCCUUUUGGACUGCUUAUAAGGUCAUCUCCAUUCUGCAGUGGUUCACAAUGAAGCGCCAGCAUGCCUUGAUCGUUUUGGCGGAUAAUCUUUACUAUGCAAAAUUUAAGCUGCACUGCCAGGUGAUGUGAUUUCAUGUUAUUUAAUAUUCUUCUUCACUUCAUGGAUGUCACAGCUGAUUAUAAUAUUAAUUUAGGAGAUUUUUAUUUAUUUUUUCCUAUGUUUAAGUGGGAACUCACAGGCUACUAAAUUUCAGUUAUCCCCGAAAUAUGCAUGGUUACCUAUGAAUUUGGAAUUAUGUGUCCGGACAAGCAUGUUGUAGUGCUAUAUAUUAAAACGAGAAAUGAUCUUCACAUUUAUUUUUUUCUAUUUCCGGGAAACGUCAUAGCUUGCUAUUCUCAUUCAUCAAAUGUCUGACAUUUUCAAUUGAAUCUUGAAGAAACUUUAGUACAUGGUCUUUCAGGAUAUACCUUUUUGUUCUGUUCAUGGAAUAAUCGAUGAUGCAAAGUUCUCAUUUUUUAUUUUUAUUAUUUUUUAUUUCUUUUUGUGCAGCCAGGUGCAGAUGGCCGCAAUUGCUACGCUGAUGAACAUUAUUUGCCCACCCUAUUCAACGUGAUCAAUUCUCGUUUUGGCAAUUUUCCUUGUAUAUAUAUAUAUAUGUCUUUGUAAUCUGAUCGACCGGUGCGAAUGUUUCAGAUGGUCGAUCCUCAUGGGAUUGCAAACUGGUCGGUGACCCAUGUUGAUUGGUCUGAAGGAAAGUGGCAUCCGAAAGCAUACAGGGACCAGGAUGCUACUUAUGACCUCUUUAAGAAUAUAACCGUACGUAGUUACCUUUUGUGCUGGUCCUUGUGAAAACUAUGCAGCUAGAGAUGGCAACUUUUCUAACGCUUGCACAAUUUUGCAGUCCAUUGAAGAGAACAUUCACGUCACAAGUGAUGACAAGGUGAGUCUUUGGAUCAACGAUCUUCUCUCAUUCUUCUUACCUUGUUUAUAUUCACUUUAUUCCACUCAUUCUUCUUACCUUGUAUAUAUAUAUAUUCCUGGAAUAUUGCUUGUUAUCAGUAAAAGUCUUACUCAUAUAGACCAGUUCCUCAUUCAGUCUAUUUUUCUUCCUGGGCUGAAUUCAGAGAGAGAGAGAGAGAGGGAGACAAGGUGAUCAGCUCUCUCUCUCUCUCAAAAGCUCUCAACUUUGUCUGUCUGUCUCUCUCUCUAAAGAUCUCAACUCUGUCUCUCUCAAAAGCCCUCAACUUUGUCUGUCUGUGUUUGUGUGUGUCUCUCUUUAAAGGUCUCGAGUCUGGUCUCAAUUUGUAUAUGUUUUUGGUGCAGAGGAUAGUGCGGGAGUCUCCCUGCAUGUGGAACGGGAUGAAGAAGCCGUGCUACCUGUUCGCGAGGAAGUUCUACCCGGAGGCCCUGGACAACCUGAUGCGCGUCUUCUCCAGCUACACCAACGUCUGA